GAACUGCAGAUUUUUUUGCAAUCCAACAUUUACUGAAGACCAGUCACUAAUAGAAGAGACAGCUUGCAAUAAAGAUACUGGUGGUCUAAAAGCAUUCCACAGUUGGUCAAGGGGGCUUUUCUUUAUUGUGAGUGCUGGAGGUCAUAUUGAGUACUGGCAGCCACUUUAUAGGUUUGUUUUAGUAUCUUCUUUCACAAAUUCAAUAUUUUUAUAUAAAUUGCAUACGAGUCAUAUGACCUACCACAGCAUGCACAUUUCAUUAUUGUACAUUUUAUGAUUGGCAUUGAUUAAUUAUUAUUAAUUAAUGUAUCUGAUUUAAAGCAUUAUGUCAUGCAUAAAAACAGAGACAAACGUCUGGCUGAAAUGAGACAUGGGUGUAAUUUAAUAUUUUAAGUGGCAAUGCACCCUGAUGUGCCCUACUUUAUUAUUUUACUUUGUCAGAUUUACUUUGAUUUUACUCGUCAAGGGGAGAGUGCUGCCGCUCAAUGGGUUAAUCAGACUGUCUGCCCAUGUAUCCUGUUAAUCCUUUACAUUUGAAUAAUUCUAUAAACUGGAAUGUAUCACUUACUAAGCGGAUAACUAAUGGUCACAAGUAUAAGUUAUACAAUUCAACUUAUUUGCCAUGCUACAGUAAAAGUUUUUCAUUUUAGGUUUAUCAAAUUUUAAGCUUAACUUUUUUAAGAGUUUUAAGUGUAAUCUAAGAAUUGGAAUGUCUGUGUCAAUUUAGGUCGGAGUCACCAGCACAAGCCUUUCUGGUGACAGUUUUGUGGCUAUUCAAGAAAUUUAAGAAGAUGAAAGAUUCGCAUUCUGAUGAGGAUAUUCGACAAGCAAUGUCAACCGUUUGCCUGGCAUAUAACAAUAUGUGCCACCUGGAUAACCUUAAAAUUGCAAAAUCAGAUCUCCCAUUUCCAAAACCUUUCAAUGAAGCUUGGAAAUUGAUUAAGAAAUCUAUCGACAGACUCCACUUGAGAAACCAUGUCAACCCAAAAUGCGACUUUAUAACCCAGACGAGAAGAUACCAUCCCAUUUCAACACCAUGCCAUGUGAAGAGACCUUUAUCUGGGCGAGCAGAUUUAAGAAAGUGA